AUGAACAAACCUUUUAAUCAAGAUAUUCUUUGGACAGAAAUAAUGAUUAAAAAUCCCUUUCGUUUUUGGAAAUCAGUAAAAAAAGCAACACCAAAUCUUUCAAUGACUGCAAUUUGUCUUCUUUCUUUGCCUGUAGCUUCAGCUGAUGCAGAACGUUUCUGGUCUGUUAUGGCAUCAAUUCAUACACUAAAAUGUAAUUGCCUUAUAAAUGCUCGUGCUUCAAAAAUUGCAAAAAUCAAAUGGCAUUUAAUUACUACAAAAUUAUCAAAUAAUUUAACUCAAACUCCAAUGCCAAUUGAUAAUUUGAAGAAAGAAAUAUUAGAUGAUUUGCUUGACAAUAUUACUAAUUUUGAAAAGCAAGGCAAUGAGGAAAUUCAAAAUAAUGGAGAAUUUUCUAAAGUUGAAUUUGAUCAAAGUUUUGAUUUCGAUGAAAUUAAUGAAAUUAGCAUUAAUAUUGUAUAA